CACUAUCAGUCAACCACCCACACUGCGAUAGAUGCAGGAGACCUCAAGACGGCGAUACACAUACUGGUAUUAGAGAGACUUUCUUCUUGUACAGCACCGAUCAAUCAAGAUGGUUCUUUCAGACCUCGGGCGCCGCAUCAAUGCCGCCGUCUCAAAUCUCAACCGCGAACCCAACCUCGAUGAGAAAGCCUUCGAUUCCAUGAUCAAGGAGAUUUGCUCGGCCCUCUUAUCUGCAGAUGUCAACAUUCGCCUGGUCAAGAAUUUGCGAAAAUCGAUCCAGAGCACCGUCAACUUCAAGGAUCUCCCACCUCACACGAGCGCGAACAAUAAGAAACGAUUGAUCCAGCAGGCAGUCUUCGAUCACCUCGUUCAAUUAGUCGACCCUCAUGCCGAGCCAUACAAACCGAAGAAGGGCAAGUCCAAUGUUAUCAUGUUUGUCGGUCUACAGGGUGCUGGCAAGACGACGACGUGCACAAAGUUGGCCAGGUACUACGCACAACGAGGGUUCCGGUCAUGUCUGGUUUGCGCAGACACCUUUCGAGCCGGUGCGUACGAUCAGUUGAAGCAGAACGCCACCAAGGCGAAGAUCCCCUACUACGGCUCGUUGACGCAGACCGAUCCUGCGGUGGUGGCGGCCGAGGGUGUUGCCCGGUUCAAGAAAGAGAAGUUCGAAAUUAUCAUUGUCGAUACAUCAGGUCGACACAAGCAAGAGGCGGAUUUAUUUGCUGAGAUGGUUCAAGUUCAGAAUGCCAUCAAACCUGACCAGACUAUCAUGGUUUUGGACGGGACGAUAGGUCAGGCAGCCGAAGCACAAUCGUCGGCCUUUAAGCAGACGGCAGAUUUUGGAGCAAUUAUCAUAACAAAAACCGACGGAGGUGCUGCGGGUGGUGGUGCGAUUUCUGCUGUUGCGGCGAGCAAUACUCCAAUCAUUUUCCUAGGCACCGGCGAACACAUGAUGGAUCUUGAGAGAUUCGCGCCGAAGCCAUUCAUCCAGAAGCUCUUGGGCUAUGGCGAUAUCACAGGCCUGAUCGAACAGAUUUCUACGAUAACGAAGGAGUCCGCUGGUCUUAAGGAGACACAGAAGCAUUUGGCCGAGGGUAUUUUCACAAUGAGAGAUAUGAAAGAACAAAUCCAGAACAUCCUCAAAAUGGGUCCCAUGUCCAAAGUUGCAAGCAUGAUACCAGGGUUGAGUUCAAUGAUGGGUGGCAUGUCAGACGAAGAUGGCCAGGAAAAGAUACGCAGAAUGAUCUACAUAUUCGAUAGCAUGACCGCUAAAGAACUCGACUCCGACGGGAAGAUUCUUAUUUCUCAACCAACGCGAAUUACGCGCAUUGCAUGUGGCUCGGGAACCAGCGUCAGAGACGUAGAGGAGCUUCUGACCCAACAUAAGGUGAUGGCAAGUCUUGCCAAAAACAUGGGAGCCCAGAGAAAGAACAUGGCAAAGGCUCAAGCAAUGCUACAGGGUGGCAACAAACAACAACAGAUGGCUGCUAUGCAGAAGCGAGCCCAAGCGAUGGGUAUGGGCCGAUCUAUGCCAGGAGGAAACGAUAUGGGCAAACUCAUGCAGAUGAUGCAGAGCAUGGGAAUGGGUGGCGGUGGACCUCCUGGCGGCAUGGGCGGCAUGGAUCUCAACUCCAUGGCCAACAUGUUUGGAGGUGGCGGCGGCGGUGGUGGAGGCAGAGGUCGUGGUAGAUGAGCAUUUUCGCAUGCUGUCCAUCUACAAUUCCUCUAGGCCAUGGACAUUCUAUGCCCCGUCGUCACUGCCUUGCGCCAGAUGAUUAGGAAGCCGAUCAGACGCGCCUGUCAGCUUACCGAUACGUUGUGCUGGACUUGAUGUGGCCUCGGAUGACAAUCACCAGAUACAUCUUGGCAGUCGACAAGCAAAACUCGGUCGACCGACGUCAAACGGAACUACCUCACGACCAUUUACGACGGGUAUCAAUCGAAUGAGGGCAUACAAGUCUUUGCGAGCCAGACUAACGUUCAUUCCCGCCGGCAGCUGCGUCAAAAGACAGUUACCUACAACUCAUGUUCCACCUCGCAGAUGCAGCGAAUUGCGUAUACAUACGAAUGACGCGAUGCUCUAGAGGGUCUCUUUGGCAACAAGGAGGUCUCCAGCGCUCAGGGGGAACCCAGCUAGUCGAGUUGUGGUACUUUGUACCCAUCAGACUAUUACGGGCGGUUAUCCAUUGCCCUCUCUGAACGUCGUAUAGCUGCUGGUGGUGCUGUAAUGAGCAAUGAACAAUGAUUCCCACCGACUAGUACCCUUUUCUCUCACAGUACGUAUUCAUUGACCGCUCUUAGGAAUCUCUAGAUACUGGAAUUGGGGGCCAUCCCCAGUCGAGGCGACCCUUGGCAAGUGAUAUGGUUUCCGCUCUUGACUUUUUCCCGGGUGUUGCCUGCCGGUUCAACAUCAAGACCAUAUGAACGAGUGUUACUCGUAGACUCUUUGUGAUCCUGGCUUGGAUGACGGGCUCUAUAAACUGCUCGUCAUUUUUUCUUCAGUCACACCAAUCAACCGACACCGCGUUUUCUGACGAUAUUUGAUGACUUCCAAUCUAGGUAAACGGUUUCUGCCACCAAAAAGCCACAAACGACCUCCCCCCAUAAGCACUUUCGAUGUUUUUUACUCUGGCUGUUGUCGAAAAGGCCAAGAUGCGCGUCGCAUGAUUCUUCUGAGAGGUCCAACGAGAGACACAGGACCAAAGACCCCUGCCUUUGGUAGGUACAUCACGCCGUGAUGGAAUGUCAGUUGCAUAGCGUUAAAGUCGUGAACGCUGGUUGAAAU